GGGGUAACUACGUAGGUACUUGUAACUGUAAUAUUACCCAAACGAGCCGAGCCAUUUCAUCAUUUAGUCUCUAUCGCCGUCAGAGCUACCGAGCUAUCUAAACUUCAGCACAGGUUCCUUGGUUCCAACUAGAGCUCAAACAGACCACCCAUCAUGGCUUCAUCAGAUAUGAAUCUGCUCCUUGAGAUGGGCUUUGAGAAGGAGCGUGCAGAAAUUGCCUUAAAAAAAUCAGGAGGCCUUCAGGGCGCUCUUGAAUGGCUAGAAGCUAAUCAGGAUAAACCGCUUGAUGAAAUUAAAGGUUCAGAUUCUGGCGAAGGCGUCGAAAGUGAUGAACCGCCCGCCUUACAACCGGGCGAAGAAGCCCGAAGUCUCAUUUGCAAUGUUUGUCAAAAGAAGUUCAGAAGCCAUGGGCAAGCGGAAUUUCAUGCAUCCAAAACUGAACACGUCGACUUUUCCGAGAGUACCGAAGUGAUCCCGGAGCUUACUGCGGAGCAGAAGAAGGAAAAACUUGAAGAAUUGAAGCGCAGAGCGGCCGAGAGGAAGGCCGGACAAUCCGAAAAGGACAAAGAAGAGCAAAAGAGAAAUGAAGCUAUCCGCCGGAAGGCCAACAGGGACACCCAAGACAUUAAGGAGGAUCUUCAGCGAAAGGAACAGCUAAAGCAUGCUGCACAACGGCGGAAAGAGAAAGACGAGGAAGUCGCCGCAAAAGAACGAAUUCGAGCAAAGAUUGCUGCAGACAAGGAAGAGCGUCGACUUAAAGCGGAAGCCGAGAAGGCCAAGAGGGAGGGGAGGGCUCCCGCUAUCCCUGUAGUCGAGCAGCCUGCAGCUCCGCCCUCUACGCCAAAGCCUGCCUCCGCCUACACUGAAACCCGCUUGAGGCUCCAGACCCCUAAAGGAAAUGUUCAAAAAACCUUCCCUGUGGACACGACCUUAUUUGAGGUUGCGGUAGCCGUCGGUCAGGAAAGUGGUUUCGAAGUGCAAAGUUUCUCACAAAACUUUCCUAGAAAAGUCUUUGACAGUACAGAUUUCGGGAAGACCCUGAAAGAGGCUGGACUGGUUCCUAGUGCGGCGUUGAUUUUGAAGUAGCUGUUGGAUAGCGCGGCCCUGAGGAUUGCGGCGGGACUGGGCGUUUGUGCAUAUUGUUAUUCUUAUUAUGAUUAUCAGGAGACGUGAAACAUGACCAAUUCAAUCAGACUUUGUUCUGUCGAUCUUGAGGAUACAUUUGGGCGACCUGCUGUAUUCUCGGAGCCGUACAUCUGUUAGGUUUUAUAAGGCAUGGUGAAUCCUGAGACGGCCAUUUUUUUUUUUAAAAAAAAAAAUACCUACAAAGCUGUUUAGGCUGCCAGAGACGAAAAAUUC